GCUGCUGGCGGGCGGAAAGACAGUUUGGGUGUGGAGGUAAACACUCGCCGUUAGGCUAAUUUUUAUCAAAAGUAGGGAUAUGUCUCGCUUGAAGAGAGCGCAGGCAGACUCUCUGGCGGGCUUCAGGACGGAGAAGACGGAGCCGGCCAUCCCUUCUGGUCUGCUGAAGACAGCCAGGAAGAGCGGCCAGCUCAAUCUGUCCGGCCGAGGACUGACCCAAGUCCCUCAGGAGGUGUAUCGUCUGAACGUUGACACACCAGAGGAAGCCCAGCAGAAUGUGUCCUUCGGAACAUCAGACCGCUGGUGGGAACAGGCCGACCUCACCAAGUUGCUGCUCUCGUCCAAUCAGCUCACACAGCUGUCUGAUGACAUCAGACUCCUACCUGCACUUACCACACUGGAUCUCCAUGACAACCAGCUGAGCAGUUUACCCGGUGCUUUGGGAGAACUGCAGGAGCUCCAGCAACUGCGACUCAGUCAUAACAAGCUGACGGUGCUGCCAGUGGAGCUGUGCAGUCUGAAGAACCUCUGCAGCAUCACGCUCCAGCAGAACCUGCUGCAGAGCCUGCCAGAGGACCUGGGACAGCUGGAGAAGCUGACUGAGCUGGACCUGUCCAACAACCAUCUGAAAGAGCUGCCCUCCAGCCUGGGCCGCCUCACCUGUCUGCAGAAACUGAUCCUGAGUCACAACCAGCUCAGCUGUCUGCCUGAAGGUCUGGGCCAGCUCAAAGGUGUGAAGCUGAUGGACUGCAGCAACAACCAGCUGACUGACAUUCCUGCCAGCCUGUCACAGAUGCUCUCUCUGGAGCAGCUCUACCUCAGACACAACAAGCUCCGCCUCCUCUCGAAGCUCCCUGCACCAGCACUUAAGGAGUUGUAUGUUGGGAACAACCACAUUGAGCAUCUGGAGGCGGAGCAGCUGUCCUGCCUGACGGCCAUCUCUCUUCUAGAGCUCCGAGACAACAAGAUCAAAGUCCUGCCUGAACAGAUCACCGUACUGAGCACGCUCACACGCCUCGACCUCACCAACAAUGACAUCACCACUCUUCCAGCCUCUCUCAGCCUGCUGCCAAAUCUGAAGGUGUUACUUUUGGAGGGAAACCCUCUAAGAGGAAUCAGGAGAGACCUUCUUACUAAAGGAACCAAUGAGCUUCUGAAAUACUUAAGAGGGAGAAUUAAAGAGGAUCCUGACAGAGCAGAUGAAGGACCCACAGCGAUGACGUUACCCAGCCAGGCCGCGGUCAACGUUCACAGCAUCAAGACUCUCAAACUAUUAGAAUACAGUGAGAAACAGGCCGAUCAGGUUCCAGAUGCUGUGUUUGAUUCUGCAGCAGAUCAAAGUGUUACCACUGUUAACUUCAGUAAGAACCAGCUGACCUCCAUACCUGCCAGGCUGGUGGAGCUCCAGUCGUCACUGUCAGACAUCAACCUGGGCUUCAACAGACUCACCUGCUGUUCUGACGUCUGUAAGUUCCUGCAGCUGAGCCACAUCGACCUCAGAAAUAACCAGCUGAGUGAUUUACCGUCUGAAAUGAACAACUUGACUAAACUUCGCUCCAUCACCCUCAUCUACAACAGGUUCAAGUCAUUCCCUGAGGUCCUCUAUCACAUAGUUUCCCUGGAGACGGUGUUGCUCGGUAACAACCAGGUGAGCGCAGUGGACCCUCAUCGUCUGAAACAGCUGGUUCAUCUGUCGACGCUGGAUCUGUCAAACAACGACCUGCUCAACAUCCCUCCUGAGCUGGGCCUGUGCAGCAGCCUGAGGUGUCUCAGUCUGGAGGGAAACCCUUUCCGGACUCCCAGAGCAGCCAUCAUGGCCAAAGGAACAGACUCAGUGUUGGAGUAUCUGCGCAGCCGCAUACCCACAUAACCCCCUGUUGUGUAUCAAUGCUGACAUUUAAAUACAUCAACAACAAUGUGACAAUCUGUUGUUUAUCUUGGCGACACAAUUCAAGACAGCAAAGUCACAGUUGUUGCCAAUAUUUCCCUCUUUGCUGUGUUUUGUGUUCCAGGGAAGUUUUGGACAAUCACAGUCUGAUGUGUGACUAAAAAGGCACUUUUCAAUAAAGCUGAAAGUAAGAAUAA